AUGCAGCCAUCGCCUCCCGAUAAUUUUAACAGCAUUCUUACCUUCGAAAACCCGUCAGACUUACCCAAUACCUCUAAUCAUGGCAUUCACUCUCCGCAAAUCCAGUCCAGCGAGCUGGUCAGUCCUCGAAAUGGACUUGAUGACUCAACGGCAAGCUCAACCCCUUCAACAAGUUCAUCAAGAGCAGGAUCAGGAUGGCGAUCGCCACUCAAUGGUGUGGAUGAGGCACUGCGUGGAUUGAACUUGGACACCAAUCUCGAGAAUCGCCCAAGACCAUCUUAUCAACGAAUUGCCGAGUAUGAAAACGCACUUGCUCCUAGUCCACCAAAAAAACAACCUGAGGGACCUGGAUUUAAGGUGGUGAAGAAGAAAGGCAGUACGGGCGAGGAAGGUCCGCAACUAGAGAAUUUUCCAAAUGAGGUUCUGACUCAUAUUUUAUCGCAUUUGCCUGCGUCGUCUUUAUCUGCAGUCUCACUUGUAUCGCGUCGAUUUUACAAUUUGGUCACUACACCUCAUGCAUGGCGCGUUGCAUUUUCGAGAUACUUCCCAGGCCAGGAUGUUACAGAGACGUUACCUAUUGGAGCAGAUCAUAUUGGAGAUGAUGAAGAAAGAGAACAAUUCCGCGAACAACGAUUUUUCACGCGACUGACAGGUUUAGCAAGUUGGAGGAGCGAAUAUGUGCUUCGAACACGGCUCUUACGGAGUCUUGGAAGAGGAAAACCUGCUCAAGGAGUUGAACAAAGUAACUCAAGUCGAGCAAAUGGUAUGGGAAAUACAAGUGCUGUGACUACAUAUACCUCGGAAUUAUUCACAUCCAUCAAUCACAUUCAUGGCACAUUUGGACAAGGAAAGAAACAUCCACGCUUUAUUCAUGGUACUGAUGAAACUGGGUCUGCUGGUAGCAGUGAUCCUAAACUUGGAAGAAUUGAUCCUUGGGGCCUGACUGAUCCUCAACCAAUGCCUCAAUUUGCAGAUCUCUUUCCAGGCGAUGCUCCAUUUGGUCUUGGAGAUGGUCCUGCUGGUCUUCCAAAUGUUAUGGAUGUCAGUCAACCUUUCGGAAUGGUGUAUGGAGAAGGAUUUCCUGGAGGUUCGGCUUACUACAGAGCACCAAAUGAAAUGCGUGGCCGCUUUUUAGAACAUUCGCCACCAAGUUUGGCUGAUGCAGAAUCUGGUAUCCCAAACAUACCUGCCCUCACCGAGGCAAUAUCAUCUGUUUGGAUCGCUAAGUCUUCAUCUGUACCCAAAGUUACCAAUGGUGUUAUUGGAAUCAUGACUGGCUCGACACUUGGCGUGAUCACUGCUUAUGGUCUCGGUACUGAAACACCCAAAGCUAAGGCUGGUCAGGUGAUGGCACGAUGGAUUCCUUCUCCUGGUGUACCUAUAGUUGCAAUAAGUGUGGAUGAUUCUUAUAGCAUCACACGCAAAACAUCAUGUCGAACUUGGGCUGUUGCACUCAACGCUUUAGGCGAAGUGUUCUACUUGACAGAAGUACCUACACAUCCUCCAUCUGAUGCAUCUUCAAAUGAAGAUGAUUUGGGUAGGGAAGCCUGGAUUGCUGGUCGUACAGUAUACUGGCAGGUUGUGGAAGCUUCCCGCCGUAUAGCACGUGAAGAUCCAUGGCAACAGGCUGAAAUCCACGGCAGCUACUCUCCUAAAUCUUCUUGCACUUCUAUGAAUCUCUCUAAACAACAGCUCAAGGCAGAAACUCGUGAAAUCGAAAAAUUUCUGAGGUAUCGCCCAUCACAUUUUCGUACUAUUUGUGAUGGCUGGGAUAUGCGUCGAAGACUUGAGGUUGACUUUAGUGGUGAUGAUGGCAAUGGAGCAGGCGAGAGCGUUUUUGUCAUUGGUUGUGGGAUCAAUCCUGGGGAACAAGCUGAAAUAAAGCGAUACACAAGAUGUAAAGUCGAACAAUCGUCACUUGACGGAUUCACAUUACCAAGAACUGCUACAGCUACACCACCAGUAUCAUCCGAGCCAACUCAAAUACCUUCGAUAUUUGGAAAUGUAUCAAAAAUCAAAUCAGAGGAGCUCACUUCUCCAAACUCACCAAUAUCAUUCAUGACAAAUGUUUCUCGAUCAUCUGAGAAUGUGGAGACUCCCAUGGACGAAGAAUGGCGGAGUUCCUUGCUAUCUUUGAAGUCAUAUCCUGGCAUUGAGAUUACCACUUCUGCUAUAGAUCUAUCAACAUAUGCCUUGCUCACCAUUGCCGAGGAUCCAUUACAUACUGUAAAUGGAAAAACAAGUUUUACUACCUUUCCAGAGACACCAUCUGAUGAAACUUCCUCUACUAGCAUUCCAGGUUAUCGCGCAAGGUAUUUGGCUGUUGGUACCAAGAUAGGCCAAAUAAUUUUGUGGAACAUGCGAGGUCCUCAAUCUGCAAAUCCUCAGGUGGUCAAUGAGCUACAUCCAAUCCGUACUAUCGUCACAGAAUCGCCUCAAAUAUCAUGUUUGGCAAUUUCCGCACUGUUUGUUGUCCAUGGUGGUAAUGAUGGCCUCGUACAGGCGUGGGAUCCUCUUGCAUCAUCCAAUCAACCUGUUCGCACUCUCCACUCUCGCUUUUCUUCGCGUGCUCGACGUCGAUUGAUCCAAGCAGAGGCAAGAAUUCAUGGGGUUGGCAUCAAUCUUUACGCAGCUGGUGCUGUCGUUCUUGAUCCUGAUCCAACCAUCCUGCGUGGUAUGGUUUCACUUGGUACUCAUCUUCGAUAUUGGCACUACAGCUCCUCUGCUGCAGAUCAGUUUCAAACUAAAAAGCGAAGGCUUCGCCGUGGCGAACGUGGUAGUAAUGGAGCAACCGAUCGAUUUAGUAAUACUGGUAGAGGAGCUUUGUUGAGUCAAAUUGCAUUAGAACAACAAGAACUCGAUCAAGAAAAGAAAGAAAAAGCUAAAGAGGCAGCGAGAUUCGCUGGUCGAUUUGGUGUUGGGUUUGGUGGCCUUAGUGAAGAAGAAGCUUUACAAUAUGCGGAAAUGGUGUCUGCUCAAGCCCUUAUAGAUGACGAAGAACGCCGUAUAAGUGAAGCUGGAUAUUUUGCAGAUACUGGCGACAAUUCUCCUACUAAAGGCGAGAAUAGUUUCGGAAUUAUUACACCUGAAGCUAGCACGAGAAGUCAUUCCGCGGUACCAACGUCAGCUAUAGAGCCUCAACCUAACUAUGACCAUGAUCUUGAGGAGGCUAUACGCCUUUCUCUGAUGGAAGGUCAAGCGAUUGGUGAUAAUGGGUAUUCGCCAAGUGUUGGUGAUUAUGAUGUCAAUUUCACUUACAAACAAAAAAAGACAAAACGGUCAGAGUCCACUUCGCCAUCGACCAGUCAAGUAUCCAAGAAUAGAUUCAGUUAUGAAGGGUUACAUUCUAUGGAUAAGAAUGCUCAAUUGUCAGACGAUCUUGAGUUUGCUUUGCAACUCAGUCUAGCGGAGGAACGUAGUAAACAAGAAGCUGAGGCUGAGGCCUUCCCAGGAUUGGGGUUUGCAGGAAAGGGGAAGGGGAAGGGUCGUGCGAUUUAG